AUGACAGCCACGGGCUACAAUCAAGUGCUGGUAAUGGUUGAUCAUUUCAUGAAAUACGCAGAGGCAGCACCCUGCAUGACAGCAUCAGCGGAAGAAACUUGCGAUCACUUGGUAUAUGUAUGGAUAGCGAGACACGCCUGCCCCAUCACAUUCCAAUCAGACCGUGGCAAAGCAUUCGUGGGUGAUCUCACGAAGGAGUUAACGAAGAUGUCGUUGGUGGCACAGGCCCACUCGACCACUUAUCACCCACAAACGAAUGGCCUAGUUGAAAGGCAAAAUUGCACGUUGGUAUCCAUGUUGAGAGUUUUUUGCUCACGCUACAUGGAAGACUGGGAUAGAAACUUGCCGCAAGUGAUGGGCGCUUAUAACAGCACAGAACACUCCACCACGGGAAUAAGUCCGCAUAUGAUGCUAACUUCCCAUUAA